AUGGUUAAAUUGUUUGUCGGUGGUCUUCCUGAGGGUGUCGACUCAAUACGCUUAAGGCAGCUUUUCUCGCAGUUUGUCAUAGUUAACGAAUGCGAUGUUAUAAAGGAUUAUGCAUUUGUGCAUGUUGCAACUGACGAACAUGCUCGAACAGCUAUUGAAAAGCUUGAUGGGUAUAUACUGGAAGGGAAAUCGAUUAAUAUUAGAUGGUCAACAUCAAAGUUACGUAAAGAACCAGGUGUGGAUAAACGGUGCUUUCGUUGUGGCACAAAUCAUCACAAAACACUUCAAUGCCCAAAUGAUCCUGGAAAUAACUCGCUGAAACGAACUAGCAGCAUGGGAAAUAUUCCAUCUGCCGAUAUUGCUGACCCAAAACGUUUUGCUGCCGAUGUCAAUGACUUGGUUCCAUUAUAUGAUCAGUAUAUGGAUGCACGCGUGAAAUAUUUUUAUUUUCGAGAGCGGCUGAUGAAGGAAUUAAAAGCUCGAACCUCGGUGUCAUCCCUCACUGUUCCUACUCCUUUCGUCAAUGGUGCAUAUUCUGCACCACCUCCAACCACUCUGCAUUAUGAGUAUUUAUUUUUAUUUGGUUAA